UUACUUGGGUUUCAGAUAUAUACGAAAAUGGCGGCGCCCAUGAGUUUUUGAUAUCACCGCGGGAACUUAAAACGAGGGAUAAUCAGUUAGUUUAAAGCUUAGUUUCCUUGCCAUCGAUUCCGGUAAAGCGGCAAAGAUGGCUGGCCAAAGUAGCUCAGCAGAGCUCAUGAAUCAGCUAGAAGCUCUGAAAUGCCUCGCUUCAGACUCCCAGGAGAUGCUACAUCGGAGCAAACUGUGUCAUCCAAAGACCCUCCAAAAGGGUCAACAGCUGCUGAGCCAGGCGGCGUCCCUGGUGACGGAAUUCCAGAUGUUGGCAGAGGAGGCCAUCCAGCGUAGCCACGAUGAAGAGAUGAUGAAGAGCGCCCCCAACGGUUGGCUAGAUGCGGAGGAAUCAUUCGGUGAUGCCACUCUAGAGGAAGAAGACAGGGACAUUUUAGAGCCUACACCCGUUAGAAACAAGCCGCUACCCAGAACUUCUGAAUUCAGCAGAGUUCAAUCGCAGCAAGAGAAGACACCCAGUGAGAAGGAGAAACAAGAGACAGAUGAGAUGAUGAAUUAUCUACAGAACUUUGAAGAGGAGGAAGAGGAUUUUGAUGAGGAAAUGUUACAGGAGAUUGAUGCUGUGUGCAAACAGGCAAGUGGAGACUCGGUUAAAAAUGAACCAGUCGAUAUCAAUGAUGAGGAGGAAGAUGACGAUGGAACAGAUGAAGAAGAUUAUGAUCCGUCAGUCCCUCCCCCUGAACAGAAGCACAUUGACGUCCUGAAGACGUACUUUGGACAUGCCAGAUUCAGACCAAUGCAGUGGAAAAUCAUCCACUCAGUUUUAGCCAGAAAGGACCAGUGUGUUGUCAUGGCAACAGGUUAUGGGAAGAGUUUAUGUUACCAGUACCCGGCGGUGUUCACCGGGGGUACCAGUCUAGUCAUCUCCCCUCUCAUAUCACUGAUGGAAGACCAGGUACUAGCCCUCAGGAUUGCCAACAUCAAGGCAUGCAUGCUAGGCUCGGCACAGACAGAAAUGGGCCGAGUUACGCAGGAGGUUCUUAGUGGAGUUUACCGCGUUGUCUACCUGACCCCAGAGUUUGUCUCCGUAGCGGACGACAUCUUGAGAGACUUGCAGCAAAGAGUUGGCAUCACACUUGUUGCCAUCGAUGAAGCCCACUGCGUCUCACAGUGGGGUCAUGAUUUCAGGGCAUCCUACAGGACUCUGGGAAAUUUGAGGACACUCCUGCCUGGGGUUCCAUUUGUGGCCUUGACGGCCACUGCAACCCCAAAUGUCCGUGAUGAUAUCUGCAGGUCCUUGAAGCUUAAACACCCCCAGAUUACUUGUACCAGCUUCGAUCGUCCAAACCUCUACCUACAAGUCCGUAUGAAGGAUCACAUUGAGGCGGACCUGCAGUCGCUCAUGGUGGAAACUCGCAAGUUCUACUAUGAGUUUGAUGGCCCAACCAUUGUGUACUGCCCCACGAAGAAAGCAACGGAAAAUGUUGGUUCGAAACUCAAAGACAUGGGUGUGAAAGCAGCCAUAUACCAUGCUGGAUUGACGCCCAAAGCACGCAAAGAUGCCCACCAUAAAUUUGUCAGGGACGAACUGCAGUGCAUUGUAGCCACUGUGGCCUUUGGCAUGGGCAUUGACAAGCCGGACGUCAGGAACAUCAUACAUUAUGGAGCGCCCAAGGAUAUAGAGUCUUACUAUCAGGAGAUUGGACGAGCUGGCCGGGACGGUAUGCCAAGUAACUGCUAUGUGUUCUACAGUUCUGGAGAUUUCGCUACCAACAGGUUCUUUUUGAAAGAUAUAACCAGCGAAAGUUUCCGAGCCCACAAGAGUAAAAUGAUAGCCAAAAUGGAGCAAUAUCUGUCCACCACAAGAUGCAGAAGAAAAGAAAUCUUGUCUCAUUUUGGUGGUAAAGGGGCCAACAGUGCCAUAAUGAACACGGACCAAUGCUGUGAUAACUGCAAACAAAGACUCUCAAGGGGCGGUGCUACAUCAGGGGAUUCAGAUGAGAAGGAUUACACCAAAGAGUUGCUCCAUCUACUCACUGCCGUCGAAGUAACAGGCGGCAGGUUCGGGCUCACAGUCCCUGUAUACUUUCUGAGAGGCUCGGUCAACCAGAAACUACCAGCGCGAUAUCAAUCUCAUGGGGAUUUCGGCUGCGGAAAAUACCGGGCUGAAAAAUGGUGGAAAUCCUUUGCCCGGCAGGUGAUAAACAAGGAAUACCUCGCCGAGAGACAGGUCCCUGGAGGCUUUGGCGCUACUGUGGAGCUGUCGUUCCUUGGGCACCGUUGGUACAAAAGUGCCACACGAGGCCAGAAUGAUUCCUUCAAGAUUACUCCUAAUCAGGAGAUGCUGUCAUUUGAGAAGGAGGUCUUGAAACCCACAAUCCUGGCCCAACGCAGCGGUCCGCAAAUUUUGCCGUCCACCCAAGUCAGCAACUGGAAGCAGGUCUCGUACGAUGACGAGGCUACUCCUGGACCCAGCAUGCAGGCUGCCCAGCCCAAGGUGGAUCCUAAGGAGCAACAGUUACAGGGUGUCCUGUACUCUAAGCUGAUGAGUUUGAGAAACAGCCUCGCGUCUGAGAUGGGAGCCGCACCCUACAUGGUGGCUAACAACAAGAACCUUCACGAUCUGGCUAUCAUCAGGCCAAGUACCAAGCAGUCUUUGCUGAAGAUUGAUGGCAUAGCUGAGGCCAGAGCAGAGAAGUUUGGACUGAGGUUCAUUGAAGCUGUGCAAGAGUUCUGCGAAGAAAACAACCUGAAGAUGGAUAACUUUCCAGCUACUGCCCCGUCUCAUAUCACAGACAGUCAAGGCUCACAAGGUGUGGUUUUCCAGAGAACAAGUAUCGUCCACCAAAUCUCGGAGACGGUCCGAGAAAGCUACAAUCUGUUCCACGAGAAGAACAUGUCCCUGGAUGAGAUUGCUAAGGAGAGAAAUCUGAAGGAGACGACCGUCGGCGGCCAUCUUGCAGACGCCAUCAAGGCUGGCUAUCCUGUCAAUUUUACCCGACUUGGCAUCAGCUCAGCCCUUCAGAAACAGAUCGAGGACGUCGUUAGAGCGCCCCCUAUCAACUCAGACAUUAGUCGCUUAGGCCCCAUCAAAGCCCUUCUACCCGAGUCCGUAGACUGGCACCACAUCAAAAUAGUCUUGGCAAUUCUCCAAGUUCAGUUCGGCAUGUCGACAACUGUCGGUGACGACGACACUGAUAAACCGGUACCCGGCAAACAGCCAAGCGGCUCGUCCAGACCACUUUUUCCACAAACAGUGCAUUACCCAUUGUAUCAGCAGGAGCGUCAUCACGCAGCCUCCUUCGACCGUAAACCCUCCUUCUCAAUCGCCACAACGUCUAGCCCUGCCUCCAGCCCGCAGAUGAGCAAGAGUGCCUCCUAUCACGCCGGCAUGUCUACGACUAGCAGUCCGUCACCAGAGCAGAGCAGUGGAAACAAACGCAAACUUCCUAGUUGGUUCGGCGGGUCGGCCAAGAAAGGGAAAGUUUGCGGAGGGACUAGUGGGACGACGACUAAGAAAACAAAGGGAAGUAGCUUGUUUGGAAGACGAUAAAAAAUAUUCCUGAAGAUGCGAGUAAAUCACCACCGUUAAAUACACAUAUAAACAUCACAAAAACAAAAGAAAGUCAACUCUCAUUGGAGAGCUCAUAAUUUUGAAUCUGAUCAUCUUAUAAUGACGUCAUUUAAAUAUAGACCUUUUGGGAAUUUUGUUAGCUACAUUUUGAUACCCGGUUGACGACCAAAGACUGUAAAUCGUUCAACAUUGACAACGGUUUAUGGAUAAUGAUGCAGUUUGAAAAAUUGCAAAUUUAAAGAUUAUGCAAGGAGAAAUUGAAAAGCGUAACCACACAUGCCCUUAAUUGGCCCCUAUCGACUGCACAGUGCCGGAACAGUGUGGGUGAUUCAAUUCGUGCUCUCAUGAAUGCAAGCAUUGUGCGAUUGGUAUUCUCUGCCGUUUGUUUUGGGCAGUGUGACAUUGUCACGCAGCAAUUUCCACUCACGUACU